AUUUGAAUAAAAAAUCACAAAUUGUAUUAAAAAAUGGCACAGCGCAAGGUGGUGUUAAGCCAGCCCAUGUUAAGAUGUGAACUUCUUAGGGGUUUAACCAUGUAGAGAUGGCUUUUAAUUGCGGAUGUGGGGCCUCCUCUGAAACAUGAGGCAGAACAGGGUACCUAGUGCAGGAAGCUAUUAUGCAUUAGAGGUGAUAAUUAAACUGAGGGUUAUCUGUGAGACAGGUAUUACUCAAUUAGACCAGUGUACUGUGGAGAACAGGUCAAAUUUGCGCAUGUGUGUGAUGUUGUUUGUGAGUGAGUGUGUGUGUGUGCAGGUAUUGACUCAUCGUGAGCUCUGGCCGGGCUCAUCCUAUUUGCCAUGCAUGACAGUUCUCCGCAAAUCAGAUGAGAAGGGAUCAAUUGGAUGAGCAGAAAGAGCCCAAAACACAGAGUAAAAGAAAUGGAUCUAGCUACUGCCAUUGAAGAGACUACAGUAGCACUCAACCUCUUUCUCAACAACAAAUUCAGUGAGGCUAGAGCCAUAUUUGAACCAUGGUCUCAUGCAAGUAUCUACCAUGCCUUGGGCCACGGAACUAUCAGCUACCUCCAGGCUGUCAUGACCUUUGACCCCACAGACAUCCAGGAAGCUAUCAAAUGGAUCAAGAACUCCAUUGAGGUUGCCAACCGGUUCCGGAAGAAAACGAGUGUGAUGACGUCCAUGUCAAAAAUGAUGUGGAAGACCAACUAUAACACAUACACAGACGAAGAGGUACAUGCUGAGUUAUGCUAUGCUGAAUCUCUCCUGGAGCGUGCAAUCCUUUCUUUCAUCCAAGAUGACAACCUUAUCAAUUUCAUCAAAGGUGGACUGAAAAUAAGAAAUGGUUACCAUUCUUACAAAUCAUGUGUCCAGAUGUUUGAAAAUAGAACUUGGCCAUCAGCUAGAUCAAAGCAACAGUUUGAGAGCGGAGUCAAGUUUGGUAGUGGUACAUUUAAUCUGUGUAUAUCAAUGUUGCCAAAGAGGAUACUGAAAUUACUAGAGUUUGUAGGAUUCUCAGGAAACAGGAUAAAAGGGCUGACUGAUUUAGAAAGGGCUUCCAAACUUCCUUGUCUUAGGUCUCCUAUGUGUUCCAUGGUCAUCAUCAGUUACCAUUCAAUAGGAACUUAUGUAUUCGGUACUGCUGAUGGAGACAUUGAGCUUGCUAGACAAAUCUUAGAACCGUGUCUGAAGAACUAUCCCAAGGGAGUCAUCUUCUUAUUUUUGGCAGCGAGGAUAGAAGAGAUAUCAGGAAACCUGGAUGAAGCAAUAGAUAAGUUCCAGGAGUGCAUUGCCUCGCAGCAGGAAUGGAGGCAGUUUCAUCACUUGUGUUACUGGGAACUUAUGUGGUGCCACGCCUAUAAACUUGAUUGGCCAAUGGCUGCUCAAUAUGCUAAUAAGCUGUGUGAAGAAAGCAGGUGGUCUAAGGCUAUUUACCAUCACCAGCAGGCUAGCUUCUUAGCCAUGCAUCUACCACGUACCGACGCUUGUAUACAGAACAUCAAUGACAUCUACGCCAAGGUACCAGAACUUAAACAACGUAUUGCAGGCAAGUCUAUCCCCAUGGAGAAGUUUGCGGUUAACAAGGCCAAGAAACAUCUCAUCCAUGGCACUGAAAAUUCACUCGUAGGGCUGGAGUUGAUCUAUAUCUGGAAUGGGUUUUCCAUUCUUGCCAAGAAGAAAGAGCUUUUAGAACCAGUACUACUCUUAACAGAGGCAACACUUCAACAGCUUAAGAAGACGAAAGGUUCUGCGAGUAGAAGUAGUGGCUGUUACUGGGAUGAUUAUAGUUUAGCCAUGCUCCUGAAAGGAAUCACCCUCAGAUAUCUGUCAAGACCUUCUCAAGCAGAACUGUGCUUUCAAGAAGUCAUUUCUAAUGAAAGAGAUCUUCAUUAUGAUCAUUACCUGGUACCGUAUGCAACCCUUGAACUUGGCUUACUCUAUCUACAGUAUGAUAGAUUGCAGGAAGCGAAGACGUUCCUUACACAAUGCAGGCAUCACAACAAGAAAUACAUGUUAGAGAACAGACUUCACUUCAAGAUGCAUGCUGCCCUGGACAACCUCAAGACCAAGAUGACACAGUCAUCGGAGAUCCCGGCCCAGGACUCGCUCAACCUUGAAGGAGAGGAUGAAGAGAGGACUGGACCAGAAGAAGAUGGACUAGAAAUGAGCAUAGCAUCUGAAGCAUCCCAGGACUCACUUGACAAGGAUGGGCCGAUAGAUGGGCCAGGAACCAACCUCAAGAACAAAGACCAGGAUUCUCUUACAGGAGAUGGAUCAGUAGAUGGACCAAUGAACAAAGUGGGACCAACAGAAGAUGAGAUAGCAAGGACUAAUGACAAAGAAGACCAGGACUUGUCUUCUGGUCCUAGAUAGUCCUAAACAUCAUCAAAUACCCUGUGGUGAAGUGCAGCACAAGGCAAAAUAUAAAAACCGAUAUUGAGACUUGUGUGCAAAAAUCAAGCAGGCAUUCUUUAUGUACAGUACUCAAGCAUGUUGUUCAUCACAUCCUUCUUGAUUAUUGUGUAAUAAUGCAUGUAUGUAAUAUGCAUCUCAAAGUUAUCCCAAUAAACUGACCUGAAAGUGUCAAUAAUGCCAAAGUGAAGGUACUUCGGAGAUGCCUUUUAUUAGUUCAGCUGUAUGCAUGUCUGUCCCAGACAUAAAUAAUAACAUCUGAUUGAUGAACAUCUGUUAAAACCCUUAGACAAACACAGGUUUCUUUUAGUAUUCAGCACAUACUUGCAACCCAGUGUCUUUAAUAGUGUUAUCCUUCAUGCUUUAGGAAACGGUGCUAAUUCAUUUUUUUUUCAAAGGAUAAGUCCACAAUUUAAUAAGUAUUAAACUUAGAUUUAAUCAAAUUCAGAUGUAGAAUGAGAAAAUAAUGUCAUUUAAUUUUUUUUAAUAAAUAUCAAUUCGCAUAACGUAGUUUGUAAAUGAGAGAGCCGAUGAUAUCACACAAAUUUCUAUUUCUUUAGAUGGAAGCAUCAUGGUCUAAUAGUUCUGACUCUUGCCUUUCAAUCUAAAGGCGACUGCACACCUUACGAUUGGUCUGCGACCAGAUUUCAGAAUA